GUACAAUCCCUGUAUUUAUCAAGUAGUUACAGCAGGAAAUAAUUUUCAGUGACAUGCAACAGGGAAACAAAUGACAAAAUAAUUUUAUUGCAACAUUCAGCCCUUCCACACCUAAUUCAGAAAACAUAUAUAAGGUGGGAAGUUCACAUCACUCUUUCUACCUGCAGGAGCAUCAGCUCUGCAGUCAGGAUGAAGCUCCCUAUUUUGACUGCAGUCCUUCUUGGACUCGUCCUGACUCCAGCCCUUGGUGAAAAUACUCAAAAGAUGGAAGUAAGCAAGAAAGUCUCCAUUGCUGGAGGCUACCAACUUAUGACCAUCAAUAAAUAUUGGCUCGUGGCAAGUAUCGAGCAAAGGACCCACCAGGGGUCAUGGAAAACCCUCUGGAACUACGACACGGGCUUUAUGGCAACCAGAGUGCUGCCAGAGAAAGCCUGCUACAUUUCCAUCAUGAACAGAACGGAGAUGCCCAGCUUUGAUGCACUUCCCCAACUGGCUGCAGAGAGCAGGAACCAGAACCGUCCAAGACCACCUGUGAAGGAGAUUCUGUUCACCCUCAUCAAGAGGAAUGUUCGGGACCUUGAGUCUUAUGGACCAGACACCUUCUCUAUGUGCAGAGGACUCACAACUUACGUGGCUUAUGAAGUUCAUGGACCACAAUUCAGCCUCGGAUCAUGUAUUAGACUUGAUGUCCUUCAAUAUUUGGCCCUUACGUACUGCCAUGACAAUAACUAUGCCUGAAAAUUGUCCCAUUCUUGAGCCUUGUCUAGAUGCUCCAGCUGCAGCUUUGUAGCUGCUGCCCAAAGCCAACCCUGAUGCCCUUCUUCCCUGGAAUCUCCUCUUUCCAGAGAUUCCUUCUUGAGGAUUCAGGUCCUAAAACAGAUCAGUUGGUGACCAGAGCUUUCAAUUAAAUCACAGAUUGACUCCAA